AUGGCUCCUACGGCCACAACUUCGUCACCGAGCAUGACAAACGGUAAAAGAUGCUGGCCGUCUCCGAUACCGUCUGCCCAAUCCACAUCCAAGCAAUACAUCAAUACUUCUGUCCCGUUGACCGUGACUCCUGCCACGGCAGCUACACCUAAUGGACCCUCAUCAACAGCAAGUCCUGCGACACUCUCAUUACAGUCGUCGCCCGAAGGCCCACGGGGACGCAACAUCCCUUCCGAUUUCUCUCCUACACCUCUGCAGUUGCCCGACUCCACCAUGCCAAAAUUCCACAGCGCCAUGAGUGAAGCUAUCGCUGCAAGCAAGUCGCCUGGACUGAUACGGAGGAUAUCACGCGGCGCUGCAAAUAGACUGCGUCGUCGCCCGUCAUCCAAGCAUCUGUCGAAUCGUGAUCGCAGCUCUGGCCCUGUCAUGUUACGCCGCAGAAGCGACAGCAAGAAUGGCGUUGAACCAGAUGCCGAUAUGAUUGACAAUGACUUUGAAGCAGACAUCGAGGAUGUCCCAGAAGACCCAGAGCCUGUCCACGGACUGGGAUUGAGCAUGGGCAGUCUGAGUGUCGAGAACCGAACUACCACCCUGAAACCUGCGCUGACCAAAGGCGGUAUUGCUCCAAUUGUCCCUUCGAAACUUCAGCAAGGCACCCAUCUUACCAAGGUCACGAGAAAGAAGCGAAAGGACCUUAACUUCGUCCUUGACACGGACUCGGCCAAGGUCUUCUGGGACCCAUCUAAUGCGUCAAAGCAAUUCUAUAUCGAUGAUAUACAACAGAUACGCAUGCAAAGUGCCGCAAAGAACUACCGGGAGGAGUGCGGUGUCGGGCUAGAAUGUGAGUCUCGCUGGUUCACCAUUAUCUAUGCCGACCAGAACCGAGCAAAGGGGCGGCCUGUGAAGACGAUGCAUCUCAUUGCUCCCACUCAAGUCAUCUUUGAGUUGUGGACAUCCACCCUCGAUGAUCUCCAAAGGUAUCGCCACGAACUCAUGGACGGUGUCGCCGGAUCUCGUCUGAAUGAGAAGACAUUGAGGGGUCAUUGGAGAUGCGAGAUGGCGAAGCUUUUCAACGGAGCACCUCACCGCGAUGAAGAGGAAAAUCUAGACUUCACUGGAGUCGAAAACCUCUGCCACAGCUUCCAUAUUCACUGUUCCAAGAACAUGCUUCGGGCGCAAUUUGAAAAGGCCGACACCAACAAGACGGGGUUCCUCAAUUUUGAUGAGUUCAGGGACUUCAUCCGUCGAUUGAAGACCCGCACUGAUAUCAAGGACAUCUAUAAGUCGAUUGAUCCAAACAACGAAGGCAUACCUCUUGACACUUUCCUCGCAUUUCUACAGGAAACCCAAGGUAUCAACAUCCAGGCAAACCGCCCUCACUGGGCCAAAGUGUUCAUCAAACAUGUGCGACAGGCGAACAAGGUUCCGGUAAGUCAAGAUACAACAGACGAUCCUUCGGUGCAGAUGAACUUUGCAGCAUUCUCCGAGUUUCUCUGUUCUCAUGACAACAACAUACAAGACUUCAAGGUUCCAGAAGUCAAGUUUGACAAACCGUUGAAUGAAUACUUCAUAUCUAGCUCGCAUAAUACCUACCUCUUGGGCCGGCAAGUCGCGGGUAGCUCGAGUACCGAAGCCUACAUCAGAGCACUGCAGCGCGCCUGUCGCUGUGUGGAGAUAGAUUGCUGGGAUGGACAAGACGGCCGCCCUAUUGUCGUGCAUGGACAUACCAUGACGAGUAGCGUUCUCUUUGCUGAUUGCAUCUCAGUCAUCGGGAAGUAUGCCUUCGAGUCAUCGCCAUAUCCUCUCAUAUUGUCCCUCGAGGUACACUGCAAUCCUGAGCAACAACAGGCUAUGGUCGACAUCAUGACUAGGGAGCUAGGGGAGCAACUUGUUCGGGAGCCACUGAUCUCGCCCUCGUACGAAUUACCUUCUCCUGAAGACCUCCGGAAUAGGAUAUUGGUCAAAGUCAAGGCUGGGGAGGAUCCCAAUCUCAACCUAGAUCUACCUGCUGGCCGUCGCGACAUCCCGGGCCGCCGCGAUCGAAGUUUUAGCUCUCCCUGGUCUCGUCCUCAGAUCCUCGAUAACUCUAUCAUACCAAGUACGCCCAACUUGUCCAGUACUCCAUCCGUGAGUCCUCCGGGAGAUGGCUCCAUGUGGGGCCCUCGAGGCUCGAUGACAACGACGAGUAUCAGUAGCACCAGCGAGGAGAGUGACAAUGGACGUAAUGAUACUUCUCGUCUCAAGAGAGGAGGCUCUAGCCGGCGGCACAAAAGCAAAAUCAUUAAAUCUUUGGGCAACCUUGGUGUCUACACCCGAGGCUUCAAGUUUCAAAGCUUUACUCUGCCCGAGAGCAAGGGGUACAAUCAUGUAUUUUCGCUUGCAGAACGUCAGUAUGAACGUCUCUGCAAAGACCCUGACACGAAAGCACAGCUUGAAAAACACAACAUGCGCUACCUCAUGCGCGUAUACCCGUCAGGUUACCGAAUACAUUCAACGAACCCGGAUCCGUUAGUAUUUUGGAGGCGUGGAGUUCAGAUGAUGGCUCUGAAUUGGCAGACCUACGAUCUUCCCAUGCAGAUGAACGAAGCGAUGUUUGCCAGUGGGUCUGAUAAGCUUGGUUAUGUCCUAAAGCCAAGAGAACUGAGGGAAUCACUGUCGAUACAAGAAGAGAUCUCGGAACCCUCCAUCCACGGCCUGGGCAAGAUUCAAAAGAAAUUGAUUCGCUUCUCUGUCGACAUAAUUUCCGCCCAACAGCUACCUCGGCCUCGAGGAGUAGCCCUAGAUGGCGCACUUGAUCCCUACGUUGAGAUCGAGAUGUUCAGCGCCGAAGACAAAGGCAAGGGCGUCGCUUCGGGUGAAGGCGGGUCUGAUGCUUCCGCGCGCAACGGUAUGUCUGGCAUAGGAUCACCACAUCGUAGACGCACACAUGUGGUGCAAGCCAACGGCUUCAAUCCUGUCUUCAACGACAGCUUCAAGCUGUCGCUGGAAACCAAGUACCCUAGCCUGGUAUUUGUGAGAUGGACUGUGUGGAACUCCCCAGACGGGAGAAGCUUCAAUACAAACCCCAAUGCGGAUCCACUGGCUACAUUUACAGCCAAAUUGAGCAGUCUCGAGCAAGGAUACCGUCACCUACGCUUGUACGAUCAUAACGGAGACCAGUUCAAUUGCGCCGCUCUGUUCUGCAAGAUCAAAAAGGAAGAGCCCGUGACGAUCGAGAGGGAAGAUCCCGUCCCCGAGAAGGGCGGAAGAUUCAAAAACAAGUUUCAGAAGGCAGUGUUCGCAAGGACAAAAUCCGUGGAGAAGAAGAACGGAAGACGGACAGAAAGGACAAGCACGAGCACAAGCACGAGCACAACUACGAGCAUGAGCAAAGAUACGAGCGGCGAGAAGUCGAGCCUUGACGGAGGCUGCUAUUAG